UUUUGCUGUCAACCACGCCUUCCUCAGCUUCUUCUUCGCUUUUCUGAGGGGAUGUUCAACUCGCGCUUCGGCAUACUUGCGCCACCUAUGGGUUUACUGUUCAAGCACGACGCGAGGCAGAAACACUACAAAAACGACAGAAUAAAAAGUAAACACUGUAUGUCAUUGACCAUUUUAAAAGUGUUUUUAGCUCGAAGUUUUUGUAAUACAAUAAUAAGCAGUAAGUCCUUGCAGUAGCUUCAUCGUGUUUCUAUGGCAACAACACAACAUGACGACAGAAGUUCCCUAGAACGCGCGACGGGCAGCUUUCUGGGCAACUUAUUUUUUUUCUCGCUCUAUUUUUUCGGCCAGAAAUAUUUUACUGUUUUGACUACAUCUGGACGAAGAAAAAAUGAGCGAGAGCUCUUCCACUUCAAAUUUGAGAAGACAACAUCGCUACCGCACACGAGCCCCCUCCUCUCAGGUGGAUGAAAGCCUGUUUGAAAAGAAGACACGAAGAUCAUCACAUUCGGCCUCGAAGGCAAAGGAUGUGUCGGCGCAGAAGCAGAUGGGCAACACGAUCCAAAUUGUCACCAAAGACCUCGUACGCAAUCUCAGGGUUCCAUGCAGUGAUCCUUCUGGACAGUCCAUCAUUCUGCCAUUCGCCGACUUUGAGCGGAUCACCGCCAGAUCCAAUAUUCUCUCCAAGGAUGAGAACAAGGCCUUAAAGGAGGCGCACAAGAGUAGGAAAGAGAAAGAAAUGCAGGCGGCCGAGGAAAUGAAGCGGCAGAUGUUGGAGGCCGACGUGUGCCGUCAAGAGAAGCGGACUCUGAGUGAGGUGGAGAUGGAGGCCCACGAGCGAACGCAGCAUCUGCUGGAGCGAGCACAUGCUCUGAGAAUGGAGCAGGAGGAGGAGAUUAGAGAACUCAACAAGGUGAUUCUUGGUGCUCAGUGCCAAGCCAUACGUGACGCCCAAAUCCAGGAGAAGAAGCGAAUCCAGAUGGAAAUGCUACAGGAGGAGAAGCGUCUGGAUGCCAUGAUGGAAGCUGAGCGCCGCAAGUUCCUGGACAGGUUGGAGCAGACUGAUGAACUACGUAAGCAGGAGAGGAUCAGUGGGAAACAACAAAUCUUCCAGCAGAUGCAGCAGCGUCUGGAGGAGAAGCUGGUACAAGAGGAGCUGAAAGAGCAAGAGAAAGACGAGACCAGAGAAAAGCAAGCCAGAAUGAACAUGGAGGACCUCAUGGCACUGAAGAAGAGGAGGGAUGAACAACAGCGUCUGCACCAGGAGGUCAUGCGCAUCAAUGCCGAGACGCUGAGGGCGCAGCAGCUGAGGAGAGAAGAGGAGAAGCUGGCGGACAGGAAAGAAAUGGAGUACAUCAAAAACAAAUUGCAACGAGAGGCCGAGUACGAAGCGGAACAGAAGAGGAUGAAGAGGGAGAAGGAGUUGGAGAUCGCCAAGCUGAGAGCUCAGCAGGAGAGAGCGAGAGACCACAAGGCCGACCAGGAUGAGCUCCGUGCCAAGAGGAACCAAGAGAUUGCCGACAGAGAAUGGAGGAGAAAGGAGUUGGAGAUGGCUGCCAAGAAGGUUCAGGAGGAGGCCACGCUUCGAGCUGCUCGCCUCGAGCAGGUUCAGCGUAAAGAGCAGCUCUUGUCCAUGGAGGCCGGCCGAGAGAAGGCCGAAUUCGAGAGGGUUCUGAAGGUUCAACAGGAGGCCAGCGUCAGACAGAACGAAGAAGACCAAAAGCGGCGUCAGAAGGCACUCCGCCACGCCGAGGCCAUCAGGCAACAGGUGAAGGAGCUGGAAAUGGCCAACGUCACCAAGUGUCAAGAGACCUUUAAGGAGGCGGAGAAACUGAGCGAGGAGGCCCGGCAGAGACGCAAGCGCAUCGGCGACAUCAAACGGAAGAAGCUGAAGGAGCUCAAGGCAAUAGGGCUCAGUGAGAAAUACUGCAGUCAAGUGGAAAGGAAAGUAUGGCCGUUUUGAUCUACACAGCAUCGACCAGAAAAUACCUUUUAAAAUGACCUACGAAAUACAGGAAGCAGUUCACUAUUUUGAGCAAGUGUGCGACGAUUGGUACAGUUCAGAUGUAGCGAUUCAUAAAUGCUAUCGUAGGGGAAUACGGUAUGCAAAUUGCAUGGUUGUGGAAGACUGUAAUGGAUCACAAUGGGAAUCGUCCAAUUUGAUGUUUGCACUAAAAAGGUUGUUCAACUAAAAACUUGGGGUCCGCUCUUGAUCAUCGGUGAUGAGCGAAUAAACAAAUUCAUCUUGA